UGUCCUGAAGGCACCGGGGUCUCCUCCAUCUGCACAGCCGGGACCACAGGGACCAGACGCCAUGACCCCCACCCUCACGGCCCUGCUCUGCCUUGGGCUGAGUGUGGGCCUGAGGACCCAGGUGCAGGCAGGGACCCUCCCCAAACCCACCACCUGGGCUGAGCCAGGCUCUGUGAUCCCCUGGGGGAGCCCCGUGACCAUCUGGUGUCAGGGGACCCGGGGGGCCCAGGAGUUCCAUCUGGAUAAAGAGGGAAGCUCAGCUCCCUGGGACAGACAGAGCCCACUGGAGCCCGGGGACAAGGCCAAGUUCUCCAUCCUAUACAUGACACAGCCCUACGCAGGGAGACAUCACUGUUCCUAUACCAGCUCCACUGGCUGGUCAGAGCGCAGUGACCCCCUGGAGCUGGUGGUGACAGGAGUUUACAGCAAACCCACCCUCUCAGCCCUGCCGAGCCCGGUGGUGACCUCCGGAGGGAAUGUGACCCUCCAGUGUGGCUCAUGGCAGGGACUGGACUCGUUGACUCUGACAAAGGAAGGAGAACACAAGUCCUCCCGGACCCUGGACGCACAGCGACGCCCCGAUGGGCAGACCCAGGCCCUGUUCCCUGUGGGCCCCGUGACCCCCACACACAGGUGGACGUUUAGAUGCUACGGCUUUAAGAGGAACACCCCCCAGGUGUGGUCGGAACCCAGUGACCCCCUGGAGCUCCUGGUCGCAGGUGAGGGGCCCUGA